GGUGCUAAGGUUUGCCUAAUCAAAUAGCCCAAACCGGGUUUACAGAAAAAGAAGAAAAAUCUUCCGGUUUUUUUUCCUUCUCUCUCUCUUUCUUCUAGAUUCCUCUGCCUUUUACAGUUUUUUUUACUCUGACAACAACAAUGGCGGCUUCUACUCGGAGGUCAAGCGGACCGGUAAUCCGUUCACUUUCACCGGCCGGGAAGUUCUAUUCACCUAGCCAGAGGAACUCGUCGUUUUCGUCGACGUCUUCUGCUUUUGCUUCAUCAACUUCCGGUUUUACUACCGGUUCACAUGCAAUUCUCGACAGAUCUACGUCUCCGAAUCGUGUGAAUUUAUACAGCUCUAGGUCGUCGUCUCCGGCGUCCUCUGUGCGGUUCUCUUUGGAACGUUCAACGUCACCGAGCCGGUCUAUUGCUGCGUUGAACCGGAACCACGUGGUGCAGAACCGGAGUCAGAAGAAGUCGUGUAUGUGCUCACCGACGACACAUCCAGGUUCGUUCCGAUGUAGUCUACAUAAGAAUAAAAGUGGUUCAGGUUCAACUGGUAGCGGUACGGCGGCUACCUACAGUCCAAAUCAGUUGAUUUUGAGGCGGUCCGCUAUGACGAACUCGCUCGUGAGAAUCGGUACGGUAGAAGGUGAUUUGGUCAAAAGAGCUUUGGCAGCUUUGAUUCGUCCUUCAUCUCAUCAACAACGCCGACGUGCUGAUUUCCAGCGUAGACCUAGCCGGCUCUCCGUCAUGUCCAAAGCCGAUGACUCGUAUUUUUUAAUUCGUUUGGCGGGACUCUUAAAACAUCAAUUAAGGACAUUACUGGGGACCAUUUUGGACAGAACUUGAAUUAAAUUCUAUAAUGAAUUAAAUUCUAUAAAAUUGAUUUUAUAAACAAACAACUUAGAAUUAAAAUGAUGAUAAGUUAAGUUAUGAUAAGUUAAAACUAAUUUAAUCCGGACCUUUUUUUUAUAUCAUUGAUAUUAGUUUCAAAAAUAUGUAGUAUAUGAUAAAUAUUAAUCUCUUUUAAUUUUUUCAUAUUUUAACAAAAAAAAUAAUAAUCUGAUUUGGCGAUAGUGCCCACAGCCCACAGAGUUAGCUGAAAGUUGGGAACAACCCAUUGUAUAAGAGAGUACACAAUUACACCUAACUAUGAGCUGCCAAUCAUGAACAUGAAUAAAGUUUUCAAUCGAAAUUUUGAGUGAGAUUUUAUUUGGUGUGAAUUUAAAUUAAUCGAAUUCUGAUAUGUUUAAUGAUCUGAAUGAAAAAUAAAAGAAAUAUAUUUUUACCAAUAUAUGCACUAAGGGGUUGUUUGGUUACUAGGUAUAACUAUGAAGGUGUAAAGUUUAGUUAUGUAGGUUCAGUUAUAUAGGAUUAAUUAUUGUCGGUAUUAGUUAUGUAGAGUUUAAUUAUGUUGGUAUUACUUAUGCAAGGUAGUUACGUUGAGUUUAAUUAUGUGGAUAUUAGUUACGGGUAUAGCCACCUUGAUACAAGGGUUUUCACUUUAACCCUUCUCGACAGAAAUAAUAUUAUUACAUGGUUAAAAUAAUAUUUUAUGAAUAUAUAGUAGAUGUUGAACUUCUUUUGUUA